AAUCAGGGAAAAGUACAACUCCCGAACCAAAAGGUACCACACUACAAGGUCGUCCAUAUCGGUCUGUCCCAUUUCCAAUUCGAAUCCCCCUUUGAUAUAUAAACGGUAAUAAUCCCAAACUAAAAAAAAAAAACCAAAAAGGAAAUUAGAAAUUAGAACCAUUACUCCAAAUCUUCCUUCACCUUGUUGUAUACACAAUACAUUGAUCUAAGAUCUGAAUUUUGUGAUCUGAAGAUAAAGGGAGAAAAGGUGAAAUGGCGAUGGCGAGGGUAAGCUCUGGCCUCGCGUAUCCGGAGCGAUUCUAUGCAGCGGCAAGCUAUGUUGGUUUUGAUGGAUCUUCCGAUUCACCUGCUAAAGGUGUUACCUCCAAGUUCUCAAAUGACGCUGCUCUUCUACUUUAUGCCCUCUAUCAGCAGGCAACUGUAGGACCUUGUAAGAUUCCUAAGCCUAGAAGUUGGAGUCCAGUAGAACAAAGCAAAUGGACAAGGUUUGUUUUUCUUUUUUUCUCCUUCCGUCUAUGGUUUGCAUAUUACCUAAAACCUGGUAAUGUUAUCUAGGAUGUUGUAGUUAGCUUUUGUUUCACUUGUUACUGUAACAAUACAAGAGUAGAUGCUUGUUGUUCUUUAUCUCUUUGUAAAAUCUGUAGCUUGAUGCUAUAAUUGAGCUUGAGAAGGUGGUUCUUGGGCAUCCUUGUCAGUGAAGAAACAAAAACUGAUUAGACAGUUUUCUCUCUGCAAUCUGACUGCUAAUCAAUACAUUGUUACUAUUAACGUAUUUUAAAGGAAAAGUUAAGUGUCAAACAGGAAAUCAUGAGCAUAGACUUAAAUAUGUCUAUACAAAUAUAUUAGAGAGAGGGAAAGAGAUGUUUCAAAUUUAUAUAGUAACCAGUGCAAAAGGGGAUAUGUGGAUCAGUGUACUCAACAACAGAUGCUGAGGCUCUUUCUUCUAAAUGUGGACCCUAUCGCUGAAGUACUUGUGAGUUGCAUCAGUUAUUAUCAGUCAUGGCUGAUUAACAUUUUCAGUUGAUUAAAGUUCAAUGCUAAUGGGUCUUGAUGAUGAUCACAGGGAAGAAGUUUGCAUGAUCUAAUUACUGUCUGAACCAUUGUUGGUCAAACUGAUGAGAUAUAUGGAAAUUGACCACUGAAAUGAGAAUGAAAUCAAUGGAGGCAAAUGUUUUAGUGAAAGUUGUGAAAUAAUGACAAGGACCACGCGGCUUUUAACAUAAUGCGAAAAGUGAAGCUACUUGCUCGAGGUGUACCACACGAUUUUCCAGAUUUACAAAAAUUAUGACAUGAAUGUAGUGUGUAUUGAUCUCGACUAUGACUGAAAGUACUAAUUUAAGCAUCAUGUACUUACUGAUAAUGAUAUUAAUAUGACUAUUCAAAUCAAAGUAGGCCAAAGAAGUAUCGGGGAGAGGUAGAGGUAGGCCGAAGAAGUAUUGGGGAGAGGUGAUUAGACACAACAUGACACACCUACAACUUACUGAGUACAUGAACCUAGAUAGGAGGAUACGGAGGUCGAGUAUUAGGGUAGAAGGUUAGUAGGUAGUUGAGUGUCGUUCAGUUUCCCGUUUCAGUAUUGUUGUUAUUGCCCUUCCACUAUCUUAUUCUUCAAUUUUAUUACCACCUGUUGUUUCCUUUGAUCCUGUUACUGUACUAUCUAAUGUUGCUACUCUUCCCUUCUCCUUUAUUUUUAGCGUGACUUGUUUACUACUGUAUUUCCUUUGUUUUUUAUAUGCUUACUUAAGCCGAGGUUCAAUCCAAAACAACCUUUCUACUUUCACAAGGUAUGGAUAAGACUGCCUAUGCACCACCCUCCACAGACUCCAUGUGGGAAUUACACUGCAUAUGUUGUUAAAAUCAAAAUUAAUUUUCGACUUCCAAUUAAAUAACCAACACAAAUCAAUUUGCAGCAAUCAGUUUUAUAUGUAGUCGCUUUAAUGCCUGUACCAAUAGAGUAAAAAGAGAGAAGUUAAGGCGACACACAAUGUCUGAAGUCGUGGAAGAAGUUGACUAGCAUACUGGAAGAGGAAAUAAGACCAUUUGUUCAAAGACGGAAAACAAGAAAAAAAAAGUAAAUGAAGAACCAAAAAAAGGAAGAAAAGAAACAGAAGUUAUAGAAAAACAGUCGAUGUUUUGUUCCAAUCUGUGGUGGACAAAGUUACUCGGUACCUUUGCUGGUAGGAUUUAGCAAGUACCUCGUGGAAUUACUCGACGAACCCCCAAGCGGACACAGGACCACAGUUAUUAAAAAAGAAGCAUGCGACAAACUCAAGAAGAAGAAGAAUACAAUGAAAACAAAUAGAACGGUUAAACAUUACCUGUUCUCAAAUAACCAUUUUGUUCCUCCUUUUAUUUUCCAUCUUUUAAGGCAAUUGUGCUGAAUGCCACAUAUUUUUUCUGUUGCAUUAUUUAAUUAGCUAGCAGUUUUGAGUAAUAAUAUAUGUGCCACCUUUGGUUGGUUGAUCUCA